AUGGCCUGGUUCCUGGGCCUCUGUGUUAUUCUGGCUGUUUUUCUUCUGGCUGUGCGGCUGAAGGUCCCGUUGUUCUCAGAUGGACUCCAGGAGCCUCCCUGGCUGCCGGCUCUGCCCUUCAUCGGCAGCCUGCUGAGUCUGCGAGGCCGGCAGCAACCUCACAUCCUCUUCAAAGAGCUGCAGGAAACAUAUGGAGCAACAUACUCACUGAUGAUGGGCUCCCGCCGUGUCAUCAUGGUCAACCAUCAUCUACAUGCCAAAGAAGUGUUGCUGAAAAAGGGAAAGGCUUUUGCUGGAAGACCCAGAACUGUUACUACAGACAUCCUCACCAGAAACGGAAAAGACAUUGCCUUUGGAGAUUAUAGUGCCACCUGGAAGUUCCACCGGAAAAUUGUCCAUGCAGCACUGUGCUUGUUUGGAGAGGGCUCAGCCUCCAUCGAGGAAAAUCAGGAGGCCCAGUCCCUGUGUGACAUCCUGUCGGAGGCAGCGGACUCCAUGCUGGCCUUGGAUCUGGCUCCGGAGUUAACCCGGGCUGUCACAAAUGUCAUCUGCUCGCUCUGCUUCAACUCAUCCUACAGCCGAGGAGACUUUGAGUUUGAGGCCAUGUUACAGUACAGUAAGGGCAUCGUGGACACGGUGGCCAAGGACAGCCUGGUGGACAUCUUCCCCUGGUUACAGAUUUUUCCCAACGCAGACCUGCGCCUGUUGAAGCACUGUGUUUCUAUCAGGGACCAGCUGCUGCAGAGGAAGUAUGAUGAACACAAGGCAGGAUACAGUGACCAUGUUCAGAGAGACCUGCUGGAUGCCCUGCUGCGAGCCAAGAGCAGUGCAGAGAACAACAACACUGCCGGAGUCAGCGCCGGGGCAGUGGGUCUGACCGACGACCACGUCCUCAUGACUGUGGGAGACAUCUUUGGAGCUGGAGUAGAAACCACCACCACAGUGCUCAAAUGGGCUGUAGCCUACCUGAUCCACCACCCGCAGGUGCAGUGCUCCAUUCAGGAGGAGCUUGACAGAAAGGUGGGCGGGGACCGGAGCCCCCAGCUCAGUGACCGAGGCAGUCUGCCCUACCUGGAGGCAACCAUCAGGGAGGUGUUACGGAUUCGGCCUGUAGCCCCUCUGCUCAUCCCUCACGUGGCUUUGAAGGACACCAGUAUUGGAGAUUUCAGCGUGAAGACAGGAACUCGAGUCAUCGUCAACCUCUGGUCUCUGCACCAUGAUGAGAAUGAAUGGAGAAACCCGGAGAUUUUUGACCCUGGUCGCUUUCUGAACAGUGACGGCACUGCUGUGACCAUCCCGUCGAGCAGCUACUUGCCAUUUGGUGCCGGGGUCAGGGUGUGUCUGGGUGAGGCCUUGGCUAAGAUGGAGCUCUUCCUGUUUCUGUCCUGGAUUUUGCAGCGCUUCACACUUUCUGUCCCACCUGGAGACCCUCUGCCCAGUCUGGAUGGCAAGUUUGGUGUCGUCCUCCAGCCAGCUCAGUACAAGGUGAUCGCCACACCCAGAGCCGGGUGGGGGAGGACCCCAGACAGUGACACCUUGGUACACAGGUAGACUU